UAGUUGGGUGUGUCUCGGAAUGGUUUACGAAAGGUUCGUAGGGAGUUGAGAUUCUUGUGUUUUUCCGUGCUUCUACCGAUGGGCUGCUUCUCGUCUAAGCCUGAAGCGAGCUCUGCGACAGACCAAGUUGCUGUUCAACGACGUCAACAUCCACAGAAUGGGCAAGCAGCUCUAGCCCAGCGCAUCAGCGCUGCAGGAAUGAAUCCGAACAGGCCUCCUUUUCAACAUCAGAUGCCUAGACAAUUUUCAGGUGGAACUAUGCCGGGGGCUCCAGUAGGACCCAUGCACCGCCAUCCUGCUGGCUUCAACACACAACCGGGAUACAGAAGCGACGCCCAGUUUCGUCAACCUAUGCCAGUACCGACACAACCAGCGCCUACUGUACCUCAUCUUCCCGUCUUCAUAGCUCUCUACGACUAUGAGGCUCGUACACACGAGGAUCUAAAUUUUCGGAAAGGCGACAGAUUGGAAAUAUUGAAUAAUACUGAUGGCGAUUGGUGGCUUGCACGCUCACUCACAAGUCGCCGCGAAGGAUACAUUCCCAGCAACUAUGUUGCCGAAGCGAGCGCUAUUGAUGCAGAAGAAUGGUUUCAUGGGCAGAUAAGAAGAGCGGAGGCGGAAAAGCUUCUCAUACUUUCUGGGAGACACGGAACGUUCUUGAUCAGGGAAAGUGAAAGCAAUCCUGGUGACUAUUCACUCAGUGUGAAGGAUGGCGACAGCAUCAAACAUUAUCGUGUACGAAGGAUGGAUAACAACCAGGGCCUUUUUAUUGUUAAGAGGCGUAUAUUUCGAGAUUUGAAGGAUUUGGUGGAGCACUACAAGAUGGAUUCCGAUGGCUUGUGUUGUCGUUUAUCAGAUUCAUGUGUGCAUAAUGAAAAACCAGUCAUAUCAGAUCUUAGUCAUUCGACUAAAGAUCAGUGGGAAAUACCAAGAAACUCAUUGAAGUUACACAGAAAGUUAGGAGCGGGGCAGUUUGGUGAAGUCUGGGAGGGAAUGUGGAAUAACACUACUUUGGUUGCAAUAAAGACUCUGAAACCGGGAUCGAUGGCACCGACUGCCUUUCUUCAAGAGGCUGCAAUUCUGAAGAAGCUUCGGCAUCCGAAGUUAAUUCAGUUGUAUGCAGUGUGCACUGAUAUGGAGCCAAUCUACAUUAUUACAGAAUUGAUGAAACACGGUGCUUUGUUAGACUAUCUUCAGAGUCCUGUAGGGAGAGAUCUUAAGCUGCAACAGCUGGUUGAUAUGGCUGCCCAGACGGCAUCAGGUAUGGCUUACUUGGAAACCCAAAACUACAUCCAUCGGGACUUGGCUGCAAGAAACAUUUUGGUCGGUGACAAUCUUACAUGUAAAGUGGCAGACUUUGGGUUGGCUCGUGUCAUCCAAGAUAGUCAAGAAAUCUACCAGGCUCAAGAAGGGGCAAAGUUUCCAAUAAAGUGGACGGCUCCCGAGGCGGCCUUGUACAACAAGUUUACUAUCAAGUCUGACGUGUGGUCAUUUGGUAUCCUACUCACAGAGCUGGUGACUUACGGUCGAAUUCCGUAUCCAGGAAUGAACAAUGCCGAAGUUUUAUCGCAAGUCGAACGCGGUUUCCGAAUGAGUAAACCUCAAAACUGCCCUGACAUGUUGUAUGAUGUGAUGCUGCAGUGUUGGGAUACCGAUCCACAGAAGAGGCCAACGUUCGAUUCUCUUCAGUGGCAACUUGAGGACUUCUUUGUGAAUGAGUCCGGUCAGUACAAGGAGGCAGAUCAAAUCACUCGACCCGCCUCUUGGGUGUGUCACAUCUUUCGGUUUACGCGGCGUACUUUACGUCGAAGUGCUCGGCUGAGUGUUGCAAUGGGUUGCUGCUGUUGCAGAGGAGACAAGACGGAUGGUGGAGAGCCUAGUCAUGCUCAGUCUUCAUCAUCCGGCGUCGUUGGCACGAACGGGUCUAACGCUGGUGUCAUGUCGCCUGGCGGAUCCACACAACAGCAGGAGCGUCCACCUCAACCAUCACCCCCUCCUCACUCGGGAGACAUCGAGCUAACCGGUCCAGCUCCGGGGCCGCUCUAUGUCGCCAAGUACGACUACGACGCGCGCACGGAUGAGGAUCUUGGUUUCAAGAAAGGCGAGCUGCUCUACAUCCUCGACGAUUCUGAAGGAAACUGGUGGAAAGCGAGAUCGAAGGUUAACAGCAAAGAGGGUUACGUUCCCAACAACUACAUCGCGCCGGUCAAGACGCUUGAAGCGCACGAUUGGUUUUUUGGGAGGAUCAAACGUACAGAUGCUGAGAAAAUGCUGCUGCUUUCCAUUAACCAGCAUGGUUGUUACCUCAUUCGUGAAAGCGAGAGUAAGCCUGGUGACUAUUCGCUCAGUGUACGUGAUGGUGACACUGUCAAGCAUUACCGUAUUCGUCGACUCGAUCAAGGAGGAUUCUACAUUGCAAGGAGAAGUGCAUUUCCUGAAAUAGCUGACUUAGUUAGUCAUUAUGAAAAAGAUGCUGAUGGCCUAUGUGUUAAUCUCAAGAAGUCAUGCAUGAGGGCAGAGCUGCCUCAAACAGAUGGAAUGUCUCACAACACGUCAGAUCAGUGGGAAAUACCUCGUACUUCAAUCAAACUUAUUCGCAAACUUGGUCAAGGUCAGUUUGGAGAAGUAUUUGAAGGAAUGUGGAACAGCACCACGCCAGUCGCCGUGAAGACAUUGAAAGAGGGCAACAUGUCGAAGGAUGCAUUUCUUGAGGAGGCACAGAUCAUGAAGAAGUUGCGUCAUCCGAAACUGAUUCAGCUUUAUGCAGUGUGUACAGUUGGUGAACCUAUUUACAUAGUCACAGAGUUGAUGAAACACGGAUCACUACUGGAUUACCUACACGGUGAUGGUAGGUCUCUCAAAAUGCCUCAGCUAAUCGACAUGGCUGCUCAGAUUGCUGCCGGAAUGGCCUACCUUGAAACACAGAAUUAUAUACAUCGAGAUCUGGCUGCUCGCAAUGUGCUAGUAGGAGAAAACCUUGUCAACAAGAUUACCGAUUUUGGUUUAGCACGUGUCAUCUCAGAAGAAGUAUACGAAGCCCACACUGGUGCAAAGUUCCCUAUCAAAUGGACAGCACCAGAAGCAGCAUUCUACAACAAGUUUUCUAUCAAAUCCGAUGUUUGGUCAUUUGGCAUUCUAUUGACAGAACUGGUUACCUACGGUCGAAUCCCUUAUCCGGGUAUGAGUAAUGCCGAAGUACUAGCACAGAUAGAGCGAGGUUAUCGAAUGCCACAACCACACGGAUGCCCUGACCGUUUGUAUGAGAUUAUGUUAGAAUGCUGGAAGGAGGUCGACGUCGAGAGGCCAACGUUUGAGACACUUCAAUGGCGACUUGAAGAAUUCUACAGUGAAGACGGCAUAGGAGGUGGAUAUCGUGAAGUUUAGGACCAGUUAGAAAUAUUUGAGCACUUCCAACCUCAAUUUGUUUGGUCAUGUGCAUAUAGUAGUGCACAGCAGUUAGCAGGCAGGGGUCUAUUAUGUAUCAGCAUAUUGUAGUUUCUGUAGCUUUCGAUCUCCUUAGCGCAGUCUGUUGGUUUUAACCGUUUCGUGAGAUUUCGGGAGUGUUCUAGCUGACAGCAGUGUGUAGUGCAGCUGUUGUGCAUAGCUCUGGGAGGCGGAUUUUAUAUUGUUGGGGAUGUGUGUUUACUGGGAUGUAUUCAAUAGCACAAUGUUGUACCUGGAACAGAGUUUAGAGCAUUGUGGAAUUACACAUUGGAAUAAUGCA